UUUCAGAGUUUCUUCCGAGGCUGGCUGUGCCGUCGGCGAUGGAAGCAGAUUGUCGACCAGUACAUCAAGAGCCCUCACGCUGAAAGCAUGCGGAAGAGAAACAGCUUGGUCUUCAAAAUGGUUGAAUCAGAGGAAGAAUAUCUAGAACAAAUGGAAAUAUUGGUAACUUGCUUCCUUCGUCCAUUCAAAAUGGCGGCCAGCUCCAAAAAACCCCCCUGCACCCACGAGGACGUCAACUCCAUCUUCCUGAACAGCGAGACGGUGCUCUUCCUACACCAGAUUUUCUUCAAGGGUCUCACAUCUCGCAUGGAGUCUUGGCCAACGCUCGUAUUAGGGGACCUGUUCGACAUGCUGCUGCCCAUGCUGACGAUCUACCAGGAGUACGUGAGGAACCAUCAUUACUCGCUGCAAGUGCUGACUGAGUGCAAGCAGAGCCAGCCGUUUGCUACGUUACUGGCGCGUUUGGAAAGCAAGCCAGCGUGUCAGGGUCGGUCGUUGGAGACUUUCUUGACGUAUCCUAUGCAUCAGAUACCUCGCUACAUUAUAACCCUGCACGAGCUGCUGGCGCACACGCCGCACGACCACGUGGAGCGCCGGAGCCUGCAACAUGCGCGCGCGCAAUUAGAAGAACUUUCGAGGCAAAUGCACGACGAGGUGAGCGAGACAGAAAACCUGCGCAAGAACUUAGCCGUGGAGCGCAUGAUCAUCGAGGGCUGCGACAUUCUGCUCGACGUCAACCAAGUCUUCAUCAGACAAGGAACGAUUUCACAAGUGGUCGGUAAAGGCCGUCGAGCCUCACUCCAAGCCCGCCAAGCGUUCCUGUUCAGCAACCACCUACUCCUCAGCACCAGGGCUACGGGAGGAAGACUGCAUCUGCCACCAACUGGAAGGCUGCCACUGCAUGACGCAUUGCUAGUUGAAGAUCCUAGCAGUCAUGAUGAUGAUGAUUCUACAUCCAUCUGUUCUUCCCCAGGAGGCGAUCUCUAUCAAGGGAAAGACUUUAAGAUUCUUGUUGAAGUCAAAGGAGAACAGAUCUGUGCUCACUUAGUGGCAGCAACUCUCGAAGAGAAAGCAGCCUGGACCUCCGAACUAGCGCAGUGUAUGGAGAGCGCCGCGUUGACAGAACUGCUUAGAGCUUGCGGUUCAUGUGGUGCCGCCUCCGCCAGUCUGCCCGCCUGCCGCUCCGACAGAGCUCUAUUCACCGAUGACGUCGACAUACGGUUCAGCAGGACGCUGAAUUCAUGCAAGGUGCCACAGAUCAGAUCGGCCACCCCACAACGACUUCUACAGCGGCUUACUGAUCUCCGCUUCCUCUCAGUGGACUUCCUAAACACGUUCCUACUGACGUACCGCGUGUUUACCGACGGUGUAACGGUCCUCGAGGCUCUGAAGCAGGUGUUCUACGAACAGUCAGCCCAAGAGUUGGAGUUGGCUCCGCCGCCUGAUGCUACGCGGAAGACCAGCGCUGCUAGCUCUGUCUCAGGAUAUGGAUCUGAAUUUAGUGAAAGAGAUUGGCAUUGGAAACCUUCGAGAUUAAAAAGUACAACCCCCACAUCUCCCGGCGGCAUAAGCUCAGUGACCCUAGUGGGGACCCCAAAGAAGUCCAGCCCCGAACCCCCGGACCCCAAGACCCGGAAGUCCCCGACCAAGGAUAAUGAUGCGGCCGCAGCCAUCAUGAAGGAUGAGAGCAUAGAGCUGGUGGACCAGAGCGAUGAGGAUAUCAAGUAUAAGGAGGAGGAACAGGAGAAGAAUAAGAAAGAAGAAAAGUUUAAGAUAUCACAGAGAUUUUCGGAGCGAGUCCGCACAAUGUCGCAAAGUCCACGGCGCCUGCUGCCGGCGGCGGCGUCGGUGUCGGACGCGCGGCGCCGCUCCGAGGGCGCGCGGGAGGCCGCCGCCGCCGCGGCCGCCGCCACUGAGGAGAGCCGUCGGGCUUCGGACACAGGACGGUACACACCGAGGCGCUCUGUCAGCGAGCGUCGCUUCACCAACUCUUCGAUCAACAGCGAGAGGCGCCGGUACUGGGGUGGCUCGGAGCCCCGCUCCUCUGUCACUUCGCAGGUGUCCCAAGUACAGUUAACGCACUGCCAGCGCGAACUACACACUACGUUCGUAGCCGAUAACGCAUAUUUCAGCUUCGUAGCGAAAAGCGCCAACGAACUGGUGACCCACCUAGCGGAACAACAUGAAAUUCGCAUUAAAAACUAUUUAUAUUGUCUUAUCACGAUCAGGCACUGGAUCUCCAAGCACUCCUCCGACUUCUGGUCAGACGAGCGUCUCCGCGGUCUCACCAUGGACUUCCUGAAAGAGAUCGAGGCCAGUCCAGGACUAUUGCCGGCGGAACAUAAGGCGGCUGCUCAGCUGCUGCGGUUACUAGAACGGUCUCCUGAUAGAGCGGUCGAUUUGAAGGCUCUGUUUGCUCCGCCUCCAGUACCAACUAAAGAAAGCGUAGAGACUCUGUCAGCAUUGGAGAUAGCUGAGCAAAUGACGUAUUUGGACUAUCAGAUCUUUAGCUCCAUUCACAGCGAAGAAUUCCUGGGGCAAGCGUGGACGAAGGCUGACAAGGCCGAACGAGCGCCACACAUCCUGCUGAUGACGUCACACUUCAAUCACAUUUCCAACCUUGUCAUCUCGGAAAUCCUCAAGAAAUAUACUUUAGCAGGACGCGUGGCUGCCAUUGAAAAGUGGGCAGCAGUCGCCGACAUAGCACGUUGUCUCCAUAACUUCAACGGUGUACUGCAAGUGUGCGCUGCGCUGUCCAACACAUCGGUGUAUCGCCUCAAGAAGACUUGGGAAAAGGUCUCCAAAACUGUAAGUUCACCGUUUGAAGGCUCUAGCUUAGACUCAUAG